UUAAGCUCUCGCAUAAGUAUAAACUCUUCAGUUCUAAGUCCAAUAGCACACUGCUGCUAUCACUAACCUGACUAUUUAAUUAGUCUGAAAAAAAAUUUUUAACGUGAAAAUAUAAAUUUUUUUUAGUGUUUAAGAAAUAUUUUCUAAUUGUUUAAUUAAAAUUAAUCAAUAAAUAUUAUUGAGAUAUUAAUUAUUAUUCAAAUUUAUAUUGGUUAAUAAAUUGAAAAAAGUUUUUAAAAGUGAAUCUUUAUGAACUAUAAGAUUAGUGACAUUACUUUGUAGCCAAAAACAAAUAGGAUGGUAAUGAGUAUUGAACCGAUGGAAAAGAUUCCCUUAUUUUAUAAUUAUAAUCGCAGCAAUUCUCAUAAGCUUCCAAGACAACGUCAUCGAGUAAUAGCUGCAGCAUAUUUGCCCACUGAUGUAUCUACUGAAAUUAUUAAAGACGUUGAUCUUCAAGAAAAUAAUGUUCCUGUUGUUCACUAUAUCAACGUUGCGCACCGAGAUGGCAGGUUAUAUUGCGUCGAUAGUCCAGUAAAUGCAUCUUAUUGGUUAAAAUUAAUAACUAUAGCAAAUGAUGUUCAUAGCGAAAACGUAGUCUUGGUAAAAACCAGUGAUGGCGUUUAUUUGAAAACUAUUAAAUUAAUUCAUCCGGGUGAACCAUUAAUGAUGUGGUUCAAUCUACAGUUACUUGAAAUAAUGAAUAUUCCUAUAUAUUUGUCACCAGUUAAUAUGGUACAAAAAGACAAUUCUUAUAGAUGUCAUAUUUGUGAUCGAUUAUUUGCGUAUCCAAAUCCACUAAAAAUGCAUCUCGCACUUGAUUGUGGUAAAUUAGAUCAAAGUUAUUUAUGGAAUAAACUAGUGAACAAAUACUUGAAAUUUCCUUUAGAUAAAUUUAGGAUAGAACUUCCAAGAGAAUUCGAAUAUCAAAUGCUUUCAAUGCAACAUCAAACAAAAAAAUCAUUACAUAGUAUCGAUAUGAAGCACCCAAGAGUAAAGCCAUCAUUAAGACAUUACACGCCAACAUCGACAUCAAGUUUUUCUAUUGCUGAAAUUCCGUCAACAACACCAGUAACUGAUGCACCAUCCAGUUCAUCGGAGCAAACAUCACCGAAUACAUCAAUUAAUUUAUCUUUAGAAAUUCCUAAAUCUCCAGCAACUCUUGAUAAUGUUGCUCUUAAUUCAGCAUUUAAGCCUUAUCCUUCUAAUCAUAAUCUUACUAUGACAGAUACAAGAACUCAUGAUUUAAUACCACGUAGUGAUCUACCAUUUGAUUAUCCUCAUCCUCUAAAUGCCCUUUUCCAAGCAAGUUUACGAUCGUCAGUACCAAUGCCGAAUGUUACAAAUGAAGCUCAAGCAGCAGAAAUGGAAACAUUUAUUAGCAAUCUUGGACGAUCAAAAGAAGGACAUUACUGUAUAUGGUGUCGUAAAGUUUAUUCACGAAAAUAUGGAUUGAAAAUUCACUUACGAACACAUACUGGCUUUAAACCGUUAAAAUGUAAAGUUUGUUUGCGUCCUUUUGGAGAUCCUAGUAAUCUUAAUAAGCAUGUUAGAUUACAUGCCGAAGGUGGUGAAACACCGUACAAAUGUGAUCUAUGCGGAAAAGUUCUCGUAAGACGAAGAGAUCUUGAAAGACAUAUUAAGUCUAGACAUCAAGACAAUGAAUAUGCCUCCAGUCCAUCGCCACGUCAAUCUUUACUUGACGCAUAACAAUAAUACUUUGAUUUUUAUCUUUAUAUUAAAGAGUCUUAAGGUAAAUGAUAAGUCAGUUUUUUUAUCCUUAGUUGACAAUUUUAAUUUAAGUAGAAGCUAAACAAUUAUCUAAACGAAAAAUUUUAACAUUGUAACAUAUAACAUGAAUCAAGUCUCUAUAAUUUGUAAAAUUAAAAUUUAUUUCAGCAAUGUGUUAGAAAAUUUAUCAUCUAAACAUUAUGGUAAGAUAAUAAAUCUAUUCAUAAAUAUGACUAUUCUUAAAAAAACUCUCUUCUUAAAUAUUUAUAUUUCAAAAAAUAUUUGUUCUUAAUUUUUUUUUCAAUUUCUAUAUAUCUUUAUUCUUAAAUACACGGAAAAAAAUGAACUAUACAAAUUGAGAAUGACAAGUAAUAUAAUGAUAAAGUGAUCAAUAAAUACUAUUAUUCUAUAUAGUAUUUUUUUCAUUUACGAUUUAAACGUGAAUAAUUACAGGAUAAGUAGGAAAAUUUAUUGUCUAUGCAAGAAAAAUGACUAUUUGAACUUUAAAAAUUGUAACUGACACUUAGAAAAUAGACGACACGUAUUAUAAAAUUAACUAUUUGAUUGUUAAAAUUCCCCAUAUUGACAACCGGGUUCCGAGUUAUAAUUUCAAAUAGUAAUUUUUAGAGUUUUUUUUCCCGUAUACCUUCAUAAUCCUGAUUAAAAGAAAUGAUUCAAAAUAAUUCAAAACGAUUCAAUUUUAAUACUAUAUAGAUGAACAUUCACCAUUAUGUGAAUCGUUUUGUUCAAUCAGGGAAUAUACAUGUAUAUUCUGUAUAUACUGUAUAAAGAUGGUACUCCAGCCUAGAACAAGUGGACAGCCUACUUUUUUUUUUUGUAUCAGUUCUUGAAAUAUGAAGAAAACAUUUUUUAACUAUAUUUUUCAUAUGAUUUUAUUGCAAUUUGUUAUGUAUAUUUGCUAUGUAGAGAUUGAAUAAGAAAGAUGUUAAGGAAUGGAGAUAUUUAGAAAUAGAGUUAAUAUCUUGCCAAAAUUAUUAAUACAAAUAAAGUAUAUGUUAUUAAUUUAUUUUUUUUAAGUGAUCAGUUUUUGAUCUGGAUACAAGUUUACUAGUGUGUUUUCAAUGAAUAUUUUUUUACUAAAAUUCUAAAUUUUUCUAUUUUCCCGCGACGUUGUUCUUAAAAUAGAAAAAUACAGAAUUAAUAUUUUAUUUUUAAUUAAAAAAAAAACUUUUAAUAUUAGUAUUGCAAUAAAGAUUUAAUAUAACCAAAUAAUUAGUAAAAUAAGUCAGAUGGUUUCAAUUCUAGUCAAUAAUAUCUUCUAAUCUAUUAGAAUAAAAAACUUAACAUAUUUAAGGCUGGCCUUAAGUAUACUAUAAAUUUUAAAACAAGUAAAAACAAAAUAAGUAAUUAAAAUAAAACUUUUUGUACUAACACCCCGGUAUAUAAUGUAUUAUAAUCAUGAUUAAGGAAUUAUUAACAUAGUAUGUAAUAUAAAAUCAUAAUAUCUACUAAAAUGACAAUAACUACCCGUAAAUUCAAGUAACACUUAAUGUAAUGUUAUUAGCAGUUACUUGUCUACUUAAAAUAUUUUUACCUAAAGUGAGUAUUAAUUUCUUUAUUCAGUUACCUACAUUUUCACUCAGCUUCAACUCUACUCAAUUGUAACUCUAUCCGAUAAUAUGUAUUGCACACCUUGUUAUUUGUUAAUAAAAAGAGUGGGUUAAAGCUGAGUAAAGUUGUUACUGAAUAUAGACUAUUCAUUUUGAGAAGACAUGUAACAUUGCUAUGCUAUUUAUAAGAAUAUUAGUAAAUCAAUUGUUUAACUAUUUUGUAACAUUGUUUAUACUGUAAUAUAUAUUGAAUAUGUACAAUAAUGUAAAUGUAAUAAUAUUACGAGACUGAUCAUAUUAUUUAAUUUAAUUUUA